GAAUUUACAGGUUUCGUGUAAAGUUUUGAGUAAAAGUGCAAUGCAUUUUUAUUUUUGCAGACAAUUGUAGGUUAAAGAAUAUAAAUUAUUACUGGUUGUUUAGGGAUUUUUUCAGAAGAUGCACGUUUAUGUCGCUUGUAAUGUAUAUAGUUGUAGACAUUCAUAAUUUUUUCUAACCUUAUUUUAAUGGUUAGAGAAGCAGUUGCAAGAGACAAGCCGAAACUCAAAUUUUACAGAAAAGUAUUUAUUGAAAGAUGGGGGCAAUUUCGAGGACUAUUUUUCCUGCAUGUGAAAGCUUGUGUUUCUUCUGUCCUUCAUUGAGGGCAAGGUCCAGACACCCUCUUAAACGCUACAAGAACUUGCUUUCUGAUAUAUUUCCUCGAUCCCCAGAUGAGCAACCAAAUGAUAGAAAGAUUGGUAAAUUAUGCGAAUAUGCUUCUAAAAAUCCUCUUCGAAUCCCAAAGAUCACGACUUCGUUGGAGCAAAGAUGUUACAAGGAUCUGAGAAAUGAGCAAUUUCACUCAGUGAAAGUCGUUCUAUGCAUAUACAGGAAAUUAUUGAUUUCUUGUAGGGAGCAGAUGCCAUUGUUUGCAAGUAGCUUACUCGGAAUUGUUCACAUUCUAUUGGAUCAAACACGCCAUAAUGAGAUACGAAAAUUAGGAUGCCAUGCUCUAUUUGACUUUGUAAAUAACCAGAUAGAUGGCACAUAUGUCUUCAAUUUAGAUGGUUUAGUUCCAAAACUGUGUGCUUUAGUACAGGAGAUGGGGGAGGAUGAGAAGAUAAAUGAACUUCGGUCAUCAGGGCUUCAGGCUCUUUCAGCCAUGGUGUGGUUCAUGGGUGAAUUCUCUCAUAUUUCAGCAGAUUUUGACAAUGUUGUCUCUGUUGUCUUGGAAAAUUAUGAAGCACAAAAAGGAUCAAAUAAUGAAAUGAUGAACACAAACGUUGAACAAAGUUCCCCUUCUCCCAACUCUGUGACAACCAUCCCCUCGUGGAGAAGCAUUGUUAGUGAGAAUGGAGAACUAAUUAACAUAUCUCUGGAGGAGUCCCAAGCUCCCUCAUUUUGGUCCAGAGUUUGUUUGCGGAACAUGGCUCAACUAGCAAAGGAAGCUACGACUAUGCGACGUGUUCUUGAAUCUUUGUUUCGCUACUUUGACAGUGGUGAUUUAUGGGCUCCUGAUGAUGGUCUUGCCCUCUCUGUACUAUUGGAUAUGCAAUCAAUAAUUGAGAAUUCUGGACAUAACACACAUUUUGUUUUGGCCAUCCUAAUCAAGCAUCUUGAUCACAAGAAUGUUCUGAAGAAGCCUACCAUGCAACUCGACAUUGUUAGUAUUUCCACUUCUCUUGCUCAAGCAACCAAGCCCCAACAGUCUUUAGCUAUUGUUGGCGCAUUGAGUGACAUGAUGAGGCACCUUAGAAAAAGCAUACACUGCUCCCUAGAUGAUUCUGCUCUGGGGAAUGAGGUAAUAGAGUGGAAUCGUAAAUUUCAAGAGGCAGUGGACGAGUGCCUUGUACAAUUAUCACAAAAGGUUGGAGAUGCAGAUCCUAUUCUUGAUGUGAUGGCUGGAAUGUUGGAGAACAUGUCAACCAUUACAGUCAUGGCAAGAACCUUAAUUGCAACUGUUUAUCGUACUGCUCAGAUUGUUGCAGCCAUUCCAAAUUUAUCCUAUCAUGAUAAGGCAACAUUUAACUUCAUUAUUUACUUCUUUGCAUUUCCCGAAGCAUUAUUUUUCCAGUUACUUCGAGCGAUGGUCUAUGAUGAUCACGAAACGCGGGUGGGUGCACAUCGUGUAUUCUCUGUUGUCCUUGUCCCAUCCUCUGUAUGUCCUCGUACCGGAAAUGGUUCUAUAAUAGCAAACAAAUCAGCAGAUAUCCAAAGAAUGCUUUCAAGAACAGUGUCUGUAUUUUCUUCCUCAGCUGCACUCUUCGAAAAGCUAAAACGAGAAUCAAAUUCCUCUAUAAAAAAUACCAAAGAUGAAAGCAAGGAUAAAUUUAUGGACUGUUAUGAUGGUCCUAUGAAGAAUUCUCCUUCUAUGAUGAGUAGAUUGAAGUCCUCAUAUAGUCGAGCUUAUAGCAUACAGGAGCCUACUCCACCACUGCCAGGAGAUUUGAGUACUAUGAGUGUUACAGAGAAAGAACAGAUAGUAUCCCUUAGGUUGAGUAGUCGGCAGAUAGGACUUCUACUUUCAUCAAUUUGGGCACAAUCCCUCUCACCUCUUAACACGCCUGCAAAUUAUGAAGCCAUUGCUCAUACUUAUAGCCUGACAUUGUUAUUUGCAAGAACUAAGAACUCCUCGAAUGAGACUCUAAUUCGGAGUUUCCAGCUUGCAUUCUCUCUAAAGAGCUUUUCACUUGCAGGAGAAGGAGCAUCAUCUAUGAUUAUUUUUACAUCCAAAGCCUACAACAUUCCUCCACUUGUUUCCACCACUAAAGCUGCAAUGACAGAGAAAACGGCCGACCCAUUUCUCCAUUUGGUUGAUGAUAGCAAGUUACAAGCGGGUAACAUGGAUAUAAAUCAACCAAAUAAAGCUUAUGGCUCCAAGGAAGAUGAUGAGCAAGCAAAGAGGUCACUUUCAGCGAUCGUAACAUCAGAGAGUCAAUCUAAAGAAGCAUUGACAUCUAUGAUAAUAAAGUUUAUUAGACUACCAUCCAAUGAAGAGCCCUCCAUGCGACAACAGUUACUUAGUGAUUUUAUUCCACACGAUUCAUGUCCUCUGGGAGCUGAAUUGUUCAUGGAUGUACAAGAAAGCAAGUCGAUACCAAAAGAAACAAAAAAUGAACAAUCUGACAAGGAGGCAUCACCAUUGUUCACAAUUGAUGACAAUGCACCAUCAACAACAGAGGGUCAAGCAGAAGUUGAUAAGCAACAAGCUACUGAAAUCCCGAGCCUCAUUAGUGUAGUUGACCUUAUAACUGCAGUAAGCAUUAGGAACAUUGCAAGUAGGUUAACAUGCAGAACAAAAAUCAUAUUAUUAAAAUUACUCAUUUUGAAAAUGCAGGUGUCUGAAACAACAAAUCAAGUUGGUAGAUCAUCAGUCUCAACACCACCUCACAUACCUUACAUGGAAAUGGCUGGCCAUUGUGAAGCUCUUUCUACCGGAAAGCAGCAAAAGAUGUCUAUUGUAUUGGCCGUCCAUCAGAGGCAAGAAAGCUUGGUAAAAAUAUCGGUCGUUGAGCAAAACAAGCCCAAACAUAAUCCAUUUGAUCUUCCCAUUGAACAGAGUGGAAACCCAUUCAUCAACCAAAACUUCUUUGAAGAUUUGCAACAUGCAUCUAGUGCAAGUGGCACAAUGCUUUGUGGAACUGAGUAUCAACAUCACCAAUACUUCCACUUGCCAGCAUCUAAUCCAUAUGAUAAUUUUCUUAAGGCCGCUGGAUGUUAAAGACUCAAAGAAUGCAUGCAUCAGAUAAAGUUGCGGAACCACCAGAAAUGAUGCUUCGAGAUAACGCUAUAGACAUACGCAAGAGCAUCUUUGUAAACUACCAAAAGGUUGUGUUGAUAUCAAUAGGGAAAUGAAGAAAAGAUGCAUCCUUAUGGGAAGAGAUUGCUCCUUAAGAGAAUCAAUAGUCAUUAUUGAUUGCAGAUUGACAAUCAGGUGUCGUUUUGAUGAAAUCGAUAAUGCCGACUAACGUCAGAGUAAUAAGCUUGACUUGAUAUAAUAAUGGCAUGAUUUAGAAGGGAAGUGGUUUCUUUAAAUGUUAUGUGUAAGAAAUGUGCACCUUGACUAAUAUAAAGCUAUCAUUCAUUUGGUUAUUGUAAGAAA